ACACACCCUGUCUGCAAGAAAUACCUGGAGAUGAAGUGGGUGGCCUACGGGAGCAUUGCUCACCUUCUGAACCUGUUUGUGUACCUGCUGGGGCUGCUUCCUCUCACCCACCUCAUAGUGAGCCUGAGACCCAGCCUGGACUACACCGGCCCUGACAACACCACAGCUGUCACCAUGGUGCCCAUUUCCUUCCGAGAGCAAAACUCCUUCUUGUCCAUUUGCAUGGUGAUGGUACUAGUCAUGAACAUCUACUCCAUGGGGAAGGAAGUGAUGCAGAUGUACCAUCAGCGUUUGAGUUACCUGAAGGACAUCUCUAACAUUCAGGACUGGUUUUCAAUCAUCCUCUCUCUUCUCUUCGUCAGGCCCUGUUCUUCAACGCAGGGUCCUGGCACUGAACAGGCUGGGGCACUGGCCAUAAUCAUGUCAUGGGAAGAGUUUGAGCGACUGGACUUGUCAGUGAUCCAGAUCUUUGUGAUGAUGGUCGGGGAACUGAAUUACCAAAGCAAUUUUCUGGACAUGUACCUACACAACAAAUUUCCAUUUCCCUUCAUCACUUUCUACAUGUUGGUUAUAUUUAUCAUCUUCGUGCCGAUCCUGCUGAUGAACAUGAUGAUUGGAUUGGCUGUCGGUGACAUCGCUGAGGUACAGAGAAGUGCCACUCUGAAGAGAAUAGCCAUGCAGAUUGAACUCCACACCAAUCUGGAGGAGAAGAUGCCAUACUGGUUGUUGAAGAGAGUGGACCAGUCAUCCAUCACCAUCUAUCCCAACCGCAAGUGCUCCAAGUUCUGGAGUCAAGGAGAAGCCAACGAAGUGCGUACUCAUCUAUUGACCAACUCAUCAACUUCAACCUCUGUCGAAGCCAAACUACACAAACAGAAGCAAAGACUGAAGGAGAUAUCCAGUGUGCUGGAGAAGCAGCACGACCUGAUGAAGCUGAUGAUCCAGAAGAUGGAGAUCACCUCGGAGGCAGACGAACAUGACGGGCCCACAGAGGUCAAAGGUCACAGGCAGAUGUCAAACUGGGGUCGAGCCGAAUGCUCGAAGUGGAUCCCGCUGAUCAAGGCAAUCAAGAACAAGAACCUUAACCGGUGA